GGGCCGGAAGUGGGCGGUUGUACAUAGAUAGAGAGAGAGGGAGUGAGAGAGAGGGAUAGAAACCGAUGAGCGAAAGACAGCAAAUGAGAAAACUGCGUAGCUAACUGACAGGCAGAAAAGAAGACGGAGGGCAGGAGCUACUCUGGGCUCAUUCGAGCAUUGUGGGGCUUUUAUCUUCCACCCCUGCACUUUUAUGCUGGAAGACGCCGAAAACGACAGACCUGUGGAAGUUUCUUGUCUUUCUCUGCGGAGUGUCCUGGUAUUACAUGCUAACCCUGACCUGAGCAGUGGUAAGGGUGUUGAAAGAUGGCAGUAUGGAUCCAGGCACAGCAGCUGCAGGGGGACGCACUCCACCAGAUGCAGUCCCUCUACGGGCAGCACUUCCCCAUCGAGGUGCGCCACUACCUGUCCCAGUGGAUCGAAAGCCAGCCAUGGGAUUCUGUUGACCUUGAGAAUCCCCAAGAGGAGUUUAAGGCCAAGCGUCUGCUGGACAGCCUGGUCCAGGAGCUUCAGAAGAAGGCAGACCACCAGGUUGGUGAGGACGGCUUUCUGCUGAAGAUCAAGCUGGGUCACUAUGCCAGUCAAUUGAAGAGCACAUACGACCGCUGCCCACUAGAACUGGUGCGAUGCAUCAAGCACAUUCUCUACACAGAGCAAAGGCUGGUGCGGGAGGCGACAAACCAGUCAAUCUCCCCGGUGGGUGGCAUGAUGGACAGCAUGUCUCAGAAGUACCAACAGAUCAACCAGGCCUUUGAAGAGCUGCGGGUGAUGACUCAGGACACCGAUAACGACUUGCGCAAGCUUCAGCACCACCAGGAGUACUUCAUUAUCCAGUACCAAGAGAGUCUUCGCAUUCAGGCCCAGUUGAGCAGUCUCUCCAGCCUGCCCCCUGCUGACCGGCAACUGCGGGAGCCCAGCCUGCAGAGCAAGCGGGCCGCUGUGGAAGCCUGGCUCACUCGCGAGGCCAACACACUACAGAAAUACAGAUUGGACCUCGCGGAGAAGCACCAGAAGACUUUGCAGAUGCUCCGGAAGCAGCAGACCAUCAUCCUAGAUGACGAGCUCAUCCAGUGGAAGAGACGGCAACAGCUGGCCGGCAAUGGCGGCCCACCCGAGGGGGGGCUGGACAUUCUGCAGUCUUGGUGUGAGAAGCUAGCAGAGAUGAUCUGGCAGAACCGGCAACAAAUCCGGCGGGCCGAGCACUUGAGGCAGCAGCUCCCCAUCCCCGGCCCCAUCGAGGAGCUGCUGACGGAACUCAACAGCACCAUCACAGACAUCAUCUCCGCGCUCGUCACCAGCACCUUCAUCAUCGAGAAGCAGCCGCCACAGGUCCUCAAGACGCAGACCAAGUUCGCGGCCACCGUGCGGCUGCUCGUAGGGGGGCGGCUCAACGUGCACAUGAACCCGCCCCAGGUGAAAGCCACCAUCAUCAGCGAGCAGCAGGCCAAGGCGCUGCUGAAGAACGAGAACACCAGGAAUGAAAGCAGUGGUGAGAUUCUCAACAACAACUGCGUGAUGGAGUACCACCAGACCACCGGGACACUGAGCGCCCACUUCAGGAACAUGUCCUUAAAACGGAUAAAGCGCUCAGACCGGCGUGGGGCGGAGUCUGUGACUGAGGAGAAGUUCACUAUUCUGUUCGAAUCCCAGUUCAGUGUGGGUGGCAAUGAGCUGGUUUUUCAAGUGAAGACAUUAUCACUUCCUGUUGUGGUGAUUGUCCACGGUAGUCAAGACAACAAUGCAACAGCAACCGUUCUUUGGGAUAAUGCCUUUGCAGAGCCGGGCCGGGUACCGUUCCUUGUUCCGGAUAAGGUGCUGUGGCCGCAACUCUGUGAAGCCAUCAACAUGAAGUACAAGGCUGAGGUGCAGAGCAACCGGGGGCUGUCCGAGGAGAACCUGGUCUUCCUGGCCCAGAAGGCCUUCAGCAACGGCAGCAUUAACCCAGAGGACUACCGCAACAUGACCAUCUCCUGGUCACAGUUCAACAGGGAGAGCUUGCCAGGGCGGAACUUCACCUUCUGGCAGUGGUUUGAUGGAGUCAUGGAGCUCACCAAAAAGCACCUGAAGCCGCACUGGAACGACGGGGCCAUCCUCGGCUUCGUGAACAAGCAGCAGGCUCAGGACAUGCUCAUGUCCAAGCCCAACGGCACUUUCCUGCUGCGCUUCAGUGACUCGGAGAUCGGCGGCAUCACCAUCGCCUGGGUGGCUGAGAAUCCGAACAAAGCAGGAGAGAGGAUGGUUUGGAACCUAAUGCCGUACACGUCCAAAGACUUCUCUAUCCGCUCCCUGGCUGACCGCAUCAGCGACCUCAACCACCUCCUAUUCCUGUACCCCGACCGGCCCAAAGAUGAUGUUUUCUCCAAAUACUACACCCCACCACUGUCAAAACCAGUGGAUGGCUACGUCAAACCACAGAUCAAACAGGUGGUUCCAGAGUUCACCACUGCCAACCCUGACCCAUCCAGCGUGAACCCCACCUACAUGGAACACGCGGCCUCGCCGGCUGUCAGUCACUCGCACGGCUAUGGCAUCUACCCUCCCAUGAAUGAUCCAAUGUUGGAUACGGAAGGGGAGUUCGACCUGGAUGAUACCAUGGACGUGGCAAGGCACGUGGAGGAAUUGCUCCGACGGCCCAUGGAAAACCAGUGGAGUGGACAGCAGUCAUGACCUUUGACCUCUGACAAAGCGAAAAUCAAUCACUUUGUUUAUAAAGAUUUAAUUCCGUAGUUUGUCCCUCUUAUACUUUAGAAAACAUGAAACAAUCGCCGUGAAUACUUUAUUUUUUUCCAUUUCAGCAUGCUAAUUGCAUGCCAGAAUGUUUUUCACAAUAUUCCCCUCCCCCAAACAUAUCUAAAAAUCAAACAAAACUUAAUGGGAAAAUACAGCUUAUUGCCUACACACAUACCCAAAACCCCCAUCCUAAAUCUGUAAAUUUCAGCUUAUAUUUCUAAGAAUUAUUUUUGAUGAGUCAAAAAUGACAAAGAAGGAACUAUAGAGAUAAGCCGUUUAAGUAUUUUGACUGUACUUUUGGUAAAGGUUCAUCAGGUUUUAUGGGUAGGUGUAGUCCACAACGUUAUUGCCUUAUGUGAAAUGGCAUUAAUGUUACUUUGGAGAGUUUUCAGGUUGAAAUGUACAAUAUUCCAGUGAAUUAUAACAAAGGACAUAAGGUGGAUUAUAGCAAAAGCCAUAAGGAUAGAAUGUCCCACGUAGUAUGGCCAUUUUAGGCCAGAGGCUGAGCAAUCAAGCGCUUACUGGAAGAUCUGGUGUGACCCUGCACCCUUUUUCUGGAAACCAUAUUGUGACUGUCAUGUGUUUCUUGUGAGAUAUACGUCACCGUUUGUUCCAAACACGCUGGAUUCGGGCUUCUUGUAACGUACCGUCUUGCAUGUCCCUGGAAACCCUCACCUGCUCGGAUGGCCAACGUCACAUCUGUAAAACCCAGCUUGUCCAUAUCCGCCACCCUGAUUUACUUAGCUAGCUGGUACUGAGUAAUCAUGCCAGGGAACCGCUAGGGGCAGGCGGGUCCUCACCUCAAAAGCAGGGCAGGCUCCUGUUAUAAUACCAAUAGUACACUAACGCAGUCGUCUGUGCAUUCAUACUGUUGUGCACUCACCCAUUUGUCGGUUCAGACCACAAAAGCCUUGCUGCCCCACUUUACUCUUUCACCAAAUGCCUCUCACUGAUCUCGUCACUCCUGGCCUGUGGGUUCUGGCCCGAACUGGCAAAAGUCGGGAAUGUCGCCGACAGCAUAUGAGAUAUCGGUAAAAAAAAAAAAAAAAAAACAACAACAAACGUGCAAGGACAUUCAAGUUAAGCCAGUUAAGAAGUUCCGUAAGUGCAUUUGAAGGGGGCACUUUCAGCCAGGACUGUCACCCCUGCCCACAUCACCACCUUUCUGCCACUGGAAGUGACACGCGACGUUCCCUUUCCCCGCUCCUGCUGUUCGCCGACAAGCCAACAUGUCUCAGGAAUGAGCACUAUACUAACGCUGCGUAUCAUUGACAUAGAGAUGGUGAAUUUGAGGGGUUUCUGUGUGUAUAGAGUAACUAUAAAUAACUUUUUUUUUGCGGGGAAAAGUAUUUUAUUACCUUAUCUCUGGUUUUCCCCUCUGGUUUGUGACCAUUGUGUGAGAGUAGAACAGAGAUUGUGGAAGCCACGGCAAAUUGUUGCUUUGCGUUAAGAACCACAACAAGCCAUAAUGUAGAAUGGAAUUAAUCACUGGUUUAUUUUUGUUGUUCGUUUUUUUUUUUUUAAUGAAUUAUUUUAGGAUGUAUUCCUUUUUAUGCCGCGUUUAUCAUGAUUUGGUCACCAAAUUGUGCGCAUUGUUUAAUUACUGCCAUUUGGAGAAGGAAUUCAGCUAUAGGUAUUGUGUGACGUUUUCGCAUUUUUUAUUGUUAAUGUCAGUAUUGUUAUUUUUAAUCCAGAUUGUUCCGUGUUUCUUUCUGCCUACUGUUGUGUAAUCGUGGUGAGUUCUGUGUUCGUCCCUUUGUUGGCGUUUGGAUUUCAGCACUUGGACAUAAUCCAGGAAACCCAAAAUGCUAAUAGUUUUAUAAAUAAUUUGAACAGUAAAGGGCAAUGGAAAAUAAUGCUUCUCCAAUAAAUGUGCUUUACACUGUUU